AUGUCUGAUUUCCUUAAAGGUUGCCCUGAGCCUCCCACCGAGCUGGGUCGCUAUCGAAUCCUUUCCUCUACUGCUGGAGCCCGCGUGUCUCCCCUCUGCCUGGGUACCGGAACCUUUGGCACUGCCUGGGCUGAUAUAUCCACAAGCGUUGACGAGGAGCAAAGCUUCAAGAUCCUUGACGCGUUUGCCGAAGCUGGCGGCAACUUCAUCGACUGUGCCAACGUUUACCAGAAUGGGCAGUCAGAGGCUAUCCUCGGGAAGUGGAUGGCUUCACGAGACAACCGUGACAUGAUGGUCGUGGCCACCAAGUACACGGGUGACUACCGCCUCUUCGAUCUUGGUCCUGGAAGGACUGUCAAUUACUCUGGAAACCACAAGAAGUCCAUGUUCCUGUCGCUCCAGGCCUCCCUCGAAAAGCUACAGACCACCUAUGUCGAUCUGCUUUUUGUCCAUAUGUGGGAUUUCUCUACCUCGGUGGAGGAGGUCAUGGACGCCCUUCACGUCCUUGUUCAGCAAUCCAAGGUUCUCUACCUUGGUAUCUCAGAUACGCCUGCUUGGGUUGUCGCGGCUGCCAAUACGUACGCCAGGGCCCAUGGAAAGACCCCCUUCAGCGUGUAUCAGGGUCGCUGGAACAUCAUGCGACGUGAUUUUGAACGGGACAUCAUCCCCAUGGCCCAGCAUUUCGGCAUGGCGCUUUGUGCCUGGGAUGCUCUCGGGGGAGGUAGACUUCAGACCAAAAAGCAACUUGAGGCUCGUAAGCAGGCUGGUGAGGGUCUCAGGGCGAUUCAUGGUCCAGAGCAGACCGAGGAUGAACGCAAGAUCAGCGAGGCCCUGGAAAAGGUGGCAGCUGAGCACGGCACCGAAAGCAUCCAGCAGAUUGCAUUGGCGUACAUCUCACAGAAGACAAGGAACGUGAUUCCGCUGGUUGGCGUUCGCAAGGUUGAGCAGUUGCAAGAUAACAUCAAGUCACUGAGCAUUCAUCUGACUGAUGAGCAAAUCCAGUACCUUGAGGGUGUCAAGGAAUUCGACCCUGGCUUCCCCGCCACCAUGAUUGGGGAGGAUCCAAAGGAGACGGGCGUGUCUGGACCCAUGGUUGCCUCAUUCGCUCACAUUGCGUGGCAAAAGGCUUCCCGGCCUAUUGGGAGGGGCUGA